AAAAAUUACAACAAAAACAAAACAAAAAAAAAUAAAAAAAUAUUGAUUUAGCCUGGGAGCUGUGUGUGGGACUCGCUAAACCGGCUUAUCGCUCAUCAUGCAAGUAGUUAUCAACUUUUCUUUUUGUUUAAGUACCGAGCGAGAGUACAGCCAUCUCCACCACCAACAGCAACAGCAGAAGCGAUAACCUUGUGUUAAAAGCGACUACGACUUGUCGUCGUCGGUCGUCUUGAAUCUACAAUUCAAGAAUCUACCGAACAAACAAGAUUUUCAAUCAGUCUGUGUUCUGCCUGCGUUCGUUGAGGAUCAGGAUUCACUUUUCAAAAUGAAUCAAUUAAUAAUACACAUUGUCAUUGGCCUAAUCCUUGGCUUGGGUUCAUUAUCCUCGACCUUGGCCGCUUCGUCAUGUUCGAAGCGUGAAAUCGAAGCUUCGUUAUUCUUGCAACGCAAAUACGAACCUUUGCGUUUGCAUACGCAUCGUGCAACUCUGGCCGAUUGGAUUGCCAAUACCAAUGUCACCGACGAGAAUAUGCAAAAGAAAAAUGAAAUUUUGGCGCAAAAUGCUGCAUUUAAUAAAGCUCUAGCCGAGGAACUGCUGGAGCUAGGCUAUCAGCAUUUGGAGGAUGACAAUAUCCAUAGGCAAGUGAAGAUUCUCACUCGGCUUGGCUUUGAUGUUCUGCCAAAGGAGGAACAUCUGGAAUUGCAUAGUGCCAUUUCGGCAAUGCAAAAGAACUAUGCCACUUUGAAGGUGUGCUCGUUCAAGGACAAAGAGAAAUGUGACUUGACUCUGGAACCACACAUCCAAGAGCGAUUGAAAGAAAGUCGAGACCCGGAGGAGCUUCAGUACUAUUGGAAGGCAUUUUAUGACAAAGCUGGAACUCCAAUGAGGGAGAACUUCAAGAAGUAUGUGACACUCAGUCGUAAAGCUGCCAAAUUGAAUGAUUUCAACUCUUAUGCCGAGGAUUGGAUUGAAAAAUACGAUGAUCAGAACUUUGAAGACAACUUGGAUCGAGUCUAUGAACUCAUCCUGCCAUUCUACAAGGAACUCCAUGGCUAUGUGCGUUAUAAGCUUCGUGAACACUAUGGAAACAAAGUCGUGGCGGAGCGAGGAAACAUUCCAAUGCAUCUGUUGGGCAACAUGUGGGGUCAAAGCUGGGAAGAAGUCGUCGAUCUGUUCACUCCAUAUCCAGAAAAACCAUAUGUCGAUGUGACUAGCGAGAUGGUGAGGCAAGGAUUGACACCUGUGAAAAUAUUCCAGCUUGGAGAUGAGUUCUUCCAAUCCCUGAAUAUGACAAAGUUACCAGAAAUCUUCUGGAAAGAAAGUGUCUUAGAGAGACCAACUGAUCGAGAAGUUGUAUGCCAUGCUAGUGCUUGGGAUCUAUAUGAAACCGAUGAUGUUCGGAUCAAACAAUGUACAGAAGUCACUACGAGAUAUUUGUAUAUUGCUCAUCAUGAACUUGGACACAUUCAAUACUAUCUGCAGUAUCAGCAUCAACCGAUUCCAUUCAGGCAGGCACCUAAUCCGGGAUUCCAUGAAGCUGUUGGUGAUGUUAUUGCACUGUCGGUGGCAACACCAAAACAUUUAGCCAAAAUUGGAUUGAUCAAGAGUGGAGAAUUGGAUGAAAAGAGUAGGAUCAAUGAACUCUUUAAGAAUGCCGUGAAAAAGGUUGCAUUCUUGCCAUUUGGCUAUACAAUGGACAAAUAUCGAUACGCAGUAUUCCGUGGUGAUUUGAAUGAAACCAAUUGGAAUUGUGGAUUCUGGAGAAUGCGUUCCCAACAUGGUGGCAUCGAACCAGCAGUCGAUCGUAGUGAAAAUGAUUUUGAUCCACCAGCUAAAUAUCAUGUGAGUGCUGAUGUUGAGUACUUAAGAUAUUUUGCUGCUCAUAUUUUCCAAUUUCAAUUCCACAAAGCUAUGUGCAAAAAGGCCGGUCAAUAUGUUGAAGGCGAUCCUAAUCUAACAUUAGAUCAAUGUGAUGUACAUGGAAGUGCAGAAGCUGGAAAUUCAUUUAAGGAAAUGCUCUCAAGUGGCGCUUUAAAACACUGGAAAGAUGCCCUUGAAGGAUUCACUGGCAAACGUGAAAUGGAUCCAACUGCCUUAUUGCAAUAUUUUGCUCCAUUGAGAGUUUGGUUGAAGGCAGAAAUUGAAAGAUUAAAUAUACCACUUGGAUGGGAAGUUACUCAGAAAUGCAAAUCUUCAUAAGAAAAAAAGAGAUAAAAUUAGAAUUGUACCUCAAAAAGAAGAACUACAAGAUUAUAAACGUCCAGAAAUGAGAUUGACGAAUACUCAUUUAGCAAUUAAGUACUCGAAUGUAUUUUUAGAUAUACUUUUUUUUUGUCUCUCUUAUUGGUUUUGAAUUAAAUUAAAAAACAAUCUGAA